AUGGUCAGAGGGAAGGUGCGGAUGCGACGAAUUGAGAACCCUGCCCACAGACGGGUAACCUUCUGCAAGCGUCGAGAGGGGCUUCUCAAGAAGGCCAGGGAACUCUCAGUGCUUUGCGAUGCUGAAGUUGGUGUUAUCAUAUUCUCCUCUCAGGGAAAACUCCAUGAACUGGCAACUAAUGGAUCAUGCAACAAGAGAUACAACUUCUUGAAAAUAAGUGUGUUCACAUUUGAAAAUCAGUCCUUGUUACCCUACAUAGUUCACUGCAAAUUGAACAAGGAACAAGAUGACAGGGCAAGAGCAGAGGGGACGGAGGAGGAGGAGCAGGAGGAGAAGGGGGACACGCGACACUCACAGGAGCGUGAUGAGUACGAAGAGCAGGAGCGCGGCGACGAAGGAGUACUUGACGGCGGCUGCGAAGAUGGAGGCGGAGAUGAGCACCAGCUGCAGCAGCAGCGACGCGCCGGCCCAGACCAGCGCGCCCGUCAGCGCCACGGCCGCGGCGUUAUCGGGGCCCGGCGCGAGCAGCUCCCCCAACGGAUCUCCGACAGCGCCGGCAAGGAGGGAACCCCGCGCGGCUUCUCAUCCCCAUUCUCCGCCGGUGGCCCCCCGCCGUCGCCGCCGCCUCCGGAGGCCGCAGAGGCGACCUGA